AUGAGCUCCAUGAGAUCACCGUCAUCUCUUUCGACCACUCUCUUCCUCUCCAUCAACCUCCUCUUGUUUGCCCUAGCAAGCGGCUGCACCACUUGCCUUCAGCUCAAAGCGAUCCCGAACCCCUUCACCAACAACCCUUCUUCUUCUUCUUCCAAGAAAAGCUGCCCCAGGGAUACCCUAAAGCUAGGGGUGUGCGCUAAGGUCCUGAACGGACCAGUGAAUGCUGUGAUCGGGAGCCCACCCGACACCCCCUGCUGCUCUCUCCUCGGGGGGCUGGUCGAUCUCGAAGCUGCCCUCUGCCUCUGCACCGCCAUUAAGGCCAACAUCCUCGGAAUCGACCUUAACAUUCCCGUCUCACUUAGCUUGCUGGUCAACACUUGUGGAAAGAAGCUGCCUUCGGACUUCCAGUGCGCCUAA